AUGAUGUCCACCACCGAAGUCACGAAAGCUGAAGAAGCCCAAGCUCCAGACUUCAGCUGUCCCGACCUCAUCACAUUCAUUCCCCGACACUAUGGUGACUGGCGCGACGAGUUCCACAAGAACGGUUGUGUGGUGAUCAAAAAUGUUAUCAGCCCGGAGCGUGCGAAAUACUACCAAGAGAAGCAGAUCCAGUGGCUUAAGAACUUUGAGCUCGGAUUUGACGAAAAUGAUGAGAGCACUUGGACUGCGGAUCACUUGCCCGUUAGCUUCAAGGGAGGAAUGUACUUUGCAUAUGGCUCGCCUCAUGAGAAGAUGUCAUGGGAGGCUCGCACUGAGCCUACCGUCAUCGACAUCUUUGAAACACUUUGGGAGACCAAAGAGCUUAUCUGCUCGUUCGAUGGAAUGAACAUCUCCAUGCCGCGACGAAAGGAUGUUCGCUGGAGCCCAUGGCCUCACUGCGAUCAGAACCCCGAACGUAAAGGAAUGCAAGCAGUCCAAGGUCUUCUCAACUAUGCCCCCAAUGGUCCUAAGGACGGUGGUCUCAUGUUGAUGAAAGGAUCCGCCAAACUCUUCGACGACGAGAAGGACGUCAAAUGGUUCCAAGAGCGCGGCUGUGAGUUGGUCAAAAUUAACAUGGAACCUGGUGAUUUUGUCCUCUGGGACUCGCGCACUAUGCACUAUGCCUGCCUACCAGAGGGUGACCAGAUCCGCCAUGUACAGUACAUCUGCAUGACUCCGCGACGAUUUGCGACCCCCGAGACGCUAGAGCUGAAGAAGGAGUGUUUCGAGAACUUUACUGGUACCACACACUGGCCUCACUGCAAUGUGCGCCCGGCUAAGGAGAAGCCUAUGCGCGAUGGAAAUGUUUGCCCGAAGGAUCGCAAUGAGCCGUUCGAGAAGCCCGAACUUACAGAUACUGUUCUGAAAUUGGCCGGUGUCAAGGAUUAUUAG